CUUUGCACUCUGCGAGGGGGAAGGCGGAGAGUGUGCUGGAAGUUUGGUUCUGUUCCUCACUGAGCCUCACUCACUCCAGUCUCUCUUACGCACACACACACACACACAACCACAGGGAAACCGGCAGAGAGAGAGCGAGAGGGAGGAGGACGAGCAACGAGACCGAGGGAGGUCUGACGACACACACCACAGCCACUGCCGCUUGCUAUUUAAUACGCAUUAAAAUAUACUGUACAUGCAUACACACUCGCUACGUCAGUUUACUGGACAACGAUAUCCUCACCGUGUAACAGCCCGGCACAAGAGCGCUGACGGACUUUUCAACAGAGGAGCGCAGGAUCCGGCACGUUCGUGUGUGUGUGUGUUUGUGUAUGUAACGAGAGAGAGCGUGUGGAAGUGUAUGUGAGCACGCCGGAGAUGCCCUCCAGACGUUCACCAGGCAGGAGGUCCAGCGCGAGGAUGGACGAGACACGCUCCACGUCAACGGUGUUUCUCACAGCCUUCUGAUCCGAUACCGGACCCAAAAACACUGACAACCCCCCCCACCCCCACCCCCACCCCCCAACCCCCACGGAUCAACCGGUCCCUCCGAACGCAGACAGAACCAAGACAAGGACGUCGCUUUUUAACCUUCACAACCCCCCCCCCCCCCCCCCCAACCAACCAGGUGUUAUGUUGCGGCACAUGUACGCCUGCCACUUGCUCUCAUUGGCAGCUCUGCUGUUGGUGGUUGGCAGCAGUGGCGGGGAGCAGAGAAGAGGGGCGGAGGGCAGUGCCAGCAGCACGGGGCAGGGCGGCGCAGGUGGCGGCGGCUCGGGCGGCAGCAGCAACCGGAGGUACCACAGGGUGCAGCAUGGACAGUGCACCUACACCUUCAUCCUGCCUGAGGGCGAGGGCAACGGAGGUUCCUGCAGGGAGGGGAAAACGGGUGCCGUUCACAACGCCAACGCGCUCCAGAGGGACGCGCCGCCGCUCGAACCCGACCUCUCCACCCAGAAGAUCCAACACCUGGAGCACGUGAUGGAGAACUACACCCUAUGGCUGCAGAAGAUUGAGAACUACAUUAAGGAGAGCAUGAAGACUGAAAUGGCCCAACUGCAACAGAGCGCGGUCCACAACCACACGGCGGCCAUGUUGGAAAUGGGCACCAACCUCCUCUCCCAGACAGCAGAGCAGACACGCAAGCUGACGGACGUGGAGACACAGGUCCUGAAUCAGACAUCCAGGCUGGAGAUCCAGCUGCUGGAGAACUCUCUCUCCACCAACAAGCUGGAGAAGGAGCUCAUGGUCCAGACCAAUGAGAUCAGCAAGCUCCAUGAAAAAAAUGGGUUCCUGGAGCAGAAGAUGCAGGAGAUGGAGUCGAGGCACCGUGAGGAGCUGGACGUCCUGAGGGAGGAGAAGGGCAGCCUGCAGGUGCUGGUGGGCAGGCAGAGCGGGGUGAUCCGGGAGCUGGAGACCCAGCUCAGCCGGGCCACAGGCAACAGCAGCGCCCUGCAGCGGCAGCAGCAGGAGAUGAUGGACACGGUGCACAACCUUCUCAACCUCUGCUCCAAAGACGGAGUGGUGCCCAACAGUACGAAGCGUGUGGACGAGGAGAAGAGGUUCCGCGACUGUGCCGACCUCUACCAGGCGGGCUUCCACAAGAACGGAGUCUACACCAUCAACAUCAACCCCCAGGAGACCAAAAAGGUGUACUGUAACAUGGAGACCGCUGGUGGAGGAUGGACUAUCAUCCAACGCAGAGAAGACGGGAGUGUCGACUUCCAAAAAACAUGGAAAGAGUAUAAGAUGGGGUUCGGCUCCGUGUCUGCUGAGCACUGGCUGGGGAACGAGAACGUGUUCCUGCUGACCAGCCAGCGGCAGUACGCCCUGAGGGUGGAGCUAACCGACUGGGAUGGACACCAGGCCUUCUCCCUCUACGACCGCUUCUACAUCGGCUCAGAGAAACACAACUACAGGUUGUUCUUGAAGAGUCACAGCGGGACAGCCGGCAGGCAGAGCAGCCUGGUGAUCCACGGGGCGGACUUCAGCACCAAGGAUGUGGACAACGACAACUGCAUGUGCAAGUGUGCUCUCCUGCUGACUGGGGGUUGGUGGUUUGACGCCUGUGGCACGUCCAACCUCAACGGCAUGUACUUUAUGCAGGGGCAACAUGUGGGCAAACUGAACGGCAUCAAAUGGCACUACUUCAAGGGCGCUAGCUACUCGCUACGAGCCACCACCAUGAUGAUCCGCCCCCUGGACUUCUCCUAGGAACUCCUUCCCUCCUCCAUGCGCCACCCCUCCCCCCAUCCUCCAAGACAUGCCAAACAUCAAGCUGUCGAGUUGAGACGAGCCCUUCCUGGUUCUGUUUCCACUCUGUUGCCUUGUCUCUUUACCCAAGGUACCGGGAAGUCGUCUGGUUCGCUCACUUCUGCUGCCAUUGUCUGGUACCUGAGACUGCGUUCUGAGAUCCACACACCGGAGAAGAAGAGGGUAGGAGGGGCUGGUGGAACAAGAAGGGAUGCUUCACUCCAUAGCUAAAUGAUCUGAGAGAGGAGAACUCUUAUUUUUGACGGACAGAUAGACUUUUUUUUAAAGCAUACUCUGAACUGAUGUUUCUUUCAACUGUCCCUCACUCUGGACCUGGGGACACCUGCUGGUCUGUUGACUGAUCCAUUUUUAGGCUUGGAGCUGAUGGUCACAUUGCUCACAUUCUGUUUAGACUCCGAGACAACACGACGAAUCUCAAAAAUAAUUUUGUGCAUCUGGGAUGUCCACACAAGCCAUAUGGGAGAUAUUGAAAGUUUUGCGCAGAAUGAUUGGGGACUUGUAAAUGUAUUUUAUGUUUGAUUUUUUUUUGUAUUACAGCUGUACACAAUAACCUAAUGCAUUUGGAUUUAUAUGACCUUUUGUACAUUACCUUUCUAUGGACAAUAGAAAAACCACAAACUUACAAGGUAACCUUGAGUAUAAGAGGUUUGUCUUAUAUGGACUGGUCUAGUUCUGCAACAGUUCUGAGAAUGAGCUUCGGCCUAUGGUUUUGCUGCCACUUACAUACUUGUUGUCCUGCCAAACUUUUCUGAUUAUUUUCAAAGUUCAAAUGUCACGUUAUUAUUGGAUUUAUCUGUAUUUGUCAUUGGCGACGUACAUGUAUAUCCCUGCCAAGGUCCAAAAGUGAUUAUGAUCACCAUUGUUCUAAAAUGAGAAAAUGAAAACAUGAACACAGAUGCAUUUAUAUACAAUGUAGAAGCAUGUGGUGCCAGCUUCAGCUGUACUUUUGUGGAAUACUAUUAUUUUGUGUGCCACUUUGGGUUAUUGAAGGUCAAUUGAUGACCUGUCAAUAUUUUUCAACAAUCCCAUUUUUUUUUUCAACCCAUCCCCUAUGAUUGUUGCUUCACAUCAAUAACCUUAUUGAACUCUGUACCCAGACUGUUCAUGUUUCUCUGCAAUGCUGAUAAGAUCUCAUAAGUGGACUUAAGGAUGAAAUUAAGGAUACAUUUUUUAGCCCAUUUUUUUAUUGUCCAUGUUUAAUGUGCACAUGUAUUGCAUAACUACAAACAACAAACGAAACAACAAAGAUUCUUAAUGUUAUUAAAUGUUGAUAUUACAAGAAGUUUCAAUGGAAGAAAUGCUCUUGGUAUCUGGAAUUCAUAGAACUUAGUGACAUACUUGCAGUAAAUGGUAUAACUUUCCUGAGGAAAGCGCCGCCUUUUUGUUCCUAUUCCUCCAGAACCACAGUGGUGGUUUGAAGUAAGCAUACAACAUAGACAUUAUAACAAUAGUCGAGAAAUGUGCCUUCAGAGACUGCUGUUACCUCAAUUUUACCAUUUAUUUAAACUAAUUUUGUAACAAAGUGGUCAAUGUUGUGUUGUUAGACAAAAUAAAAAGCAUGUG